AUGGGCUUCAACUUGAUACCCGUCACAAUAGCAAGCAUCGCAGCGUGGCUCCUCUACACCCUCAUCCUCCACCCUCUCUUCCUCUCCCCUCUAUCCAAGAUCCCAGCCCCACACUGGUCAUGUCACAUCUCCCCCCUCUGGAUCCUAUACACGCGGAAAUACAACCGCCAGAACCACACCCUCCACGAAGCGCACCUCAAGCUCGGUCCCGUCGUGCGCAUCGGCCCCAACGAGCUCAGUGUCGACGGCUACGACGCCCUCAAGACGGUGUACCAGGGCGGCUUCGAGAAGGACCAGUGGUACUCCAUCUUUGACAACUACGGUGUCCCCAACAUGUUCUCAACACUCUCUUCAAAACCUCACUCCCUCCGCAAACGCAUGGUCUCAAACGCCUAUGCCAAAUCCUUCAUCCACGCCUCGGAGCCCGCAAAAGCCCAAGCCCGUGCCAUCCUCUUCGGCCGACUACUGCCCUUACUAUCCGCCUCAUCAUCAUCCAGACAAACCAAGAGCACCAACACCAAGGGCACCAACACCAACCCCGGAGCCGACCCCGGAGCCGGCAUCGACGUCUUCUCCACCUUCCUCGCCUCCACAAUGGACUUCAUCACAGCCUACACCUUCGGCCUCCGCAACAGCACAGACUUCCUCCGCCAAAAACCCUACAGGGACCACUGGCUCCAACUCUACCUCGCGCGCGCAAGCCACGGCUUCUGGCCACAGGAAACCCCGCGGCUGAACGCGCUCGCUUCCCGCUUGGGUAUGGGAUGGUGGAAGCUGUACCCCUCGUGGGUGGACGACGCCAACGCCGAGAUAUGGGCGUGGAACUGGCGGCUGUGCGAGGGGGCGAGGGAGUAUGUCCAAGAGGGACAAGGGAAAAGAGACGUGGCGGACGAACCAGUCGUCCUCUGCGCAAUGGAAUCCGGCAUCGAAAAGGAACGCCUCGCAAACGGGCAAAACUCCAUCCUCUACCCAACCACGAUCCUCCAAAAAGACGCGUCCGUGGCCUCGGAAAUCCUAGACCAAGUCCUAGCAGGCCAAGAGACGGCGGGGAUAGCACUCACCUACCUCGCCUGGCACCUCUCCAAAUCCCCCUCCCUCCAACAGAAUCUCCGCCAAGAACUACUUUCAUUAUCACCAGACCUCAAAAUGCCAGCAGCAGCAGCAACAGCAGCAAAUUCCACAACUCUGCCUCUACCCCCCUCCCUCCCAGACCCAAAACAAAUCGACGCCCUCCCCCUCCUCCAUGCAGUCAUAAUGGAAACCCUCCGCCUCCACGCACCCAUCCCCGGCCCGGAACCCCGCCGGACUCCACACCUCCCGUCGCCCUGCCGCCUCGGCGACUUCCCGGUCCCAGGCGGCGUCCGCGUCGCGGCGCUGGGGUACACACUCCACCGCAACGCAGCCGUGUUCCCCGACCCAGAGGUCUGGGACCACACCCGCUGGCUCGCCUCACACACCGGCGAGGCGCAAAGAAGAGAGAUGCUGCGCUACUUUUGGGCUUUUGGGAGCGGUGGGAGGAUGUGCGUUGGGUCUAAUUUUGCAAUGAAUGAAAUGAAGCUCAUAGCCGCAGCAAUCUGGACGAAUUUCACGACGCAUGUGGUUGAUGAUGAGGGUAUCGAGCAGGAUGACACGUACACGGCACGACCCAAAGGCGAGCGCUUGAUUCUGCGGUUUGAACAUGUAGAGUAA